AAAAACAUUUGAAAUAUUGGUUUCUGAGAAAUCUUGCUUUGUCGAAACACUGUACUCCUGUGAAAGAAGCUGGAGUUGGGUUAGAGAAUAGACUUAGAGAGGCUGGCGCAUAACUUGCACCAUGCCCUCGAAGAAAAAAAAAUGGUCGAGUACCUUCGACAAACGUGAACGACAACGGGAAAAAUCCAAAGAAUCUGAUGAAUCGUCAAAAACAAGGGAAGAGGGACAAGCCAAAUCUUCACCAUGGACAGAAAGUCCUCAGGCGUCUCAACCGAGCGGAGGUGCUUGUGGAUCAUCUGCUGAUCAAAUACCAGAUGAUAAAACUACACAAGACAAACAAGACCACAGAGGCCGAUAUGGAAGAAAGCAUCCGGAUGGUAGAAGGAAUAAACGACAGAGACGACAUCAAGGCAGAGAAAACGCCUCUGUAGAUGCUGAAGCUACAACUGAGUCAAGUCAGACAGGUGCAGAGAAGAAAACGACACCACAAGCAGCAAGGUCAGCCCCUCAAAAGGCAAGUGGAAGCUCAGUAGACAACGGACCAGUUCAGCGAAAAACUCGAGAUGACAACGCUGAUAAACAUAGCAAACAAGGUCAGGAAGAAUCAUCACGGGCGCACGGAAAAGGUCCCAUGUCACCAUUUGAAAAGGGAAAACGUUCAGGUCAAACACAAGCAAAACAAGCAAGAACGCCUUUUCCAGGAAAUAGGAAUGUCUGUUCCCCGUCACAACAGAAAGCACAGGCACCUUUGCGAGGCAUUUUACCAGCGAAAAAUAUGUUAGACUUGGAAAUGUUAAAAGAAAUGAAAGGCACUGAUAUUGUUCAAAAAUUGAAUGAGAGUAUGGCUCGCUUUAAACAUUUUCUACGAUCGGAAGAGGAGCAGCACAAAAGCGAUGAAUUCAUCUUUGACCUUACCUGCAUAUUAGCGAGAGUAUGCCUAGAGCCAAUAGACGAGAACGUGAUCAAAAUUCUCACGGCACUUAAAGGUUCAAUUUUUUUGAAAUCAAAGAUUCCAUUCCUGCUGGAUCGUAUUCAAGACUCAGUAACCUUAAAUGACCAAGGAUCCCAGAGAAGACUUAUUCAAUACCUGAUCAAAAUAUUCACACAGUUUUUGAUGCCUUUGCCCAGUUCUUAUGCUGACCUGCCCUAUGAACAAUUGAAACAAGCCUUAGAUGGAGCAAGCAUCGACAGAAAAGAGGAGCUUGAGAAGGAGCUUGAGGUCUUUAAACAAGCCAGAGAUAAUGCCAUCGUAGCUGAGAGACAGAAGCGAGGACAACGUUACACUAACAUGACUGGAAAAAAGCCUCCGAACGACUUCAGGGAUUUGACGAUUUGUCCGACAAACAAAGAAAUGACAUCUCAAGAACGACCUUUCCUACGUAAGAACAUUUCAAAGGGAAGAUAUGACGAUGUUGAACAUUACCUUGAUGUACAGUUUCGAUUGCUUAGAGAAGAUUUCCUCGAGCCCUUAAGGGAAGGAAUUUAUGAAAUUACCCACAAUGUCCCUAGAGAACGGCGCAACCAGUCAAUGAAAUGCUACCAAGAAGUGCGCAUUGUCGGAAAGGAAUUCACAUCCUCUGGCGUUAUUUACAAAGUUAAACUUCAGGAAUCCAAGUUUUCCAAGGCAAUAUUGGCUCACUCAAAACGGCUCAUCUUUGGUUCAUUCGUUUGCCUUUCGAAAGACAACUUCCAAACAAUGCUCUUUGCCACGGUUGCUAAUCGAGAUCCAAAGGAUGUGGAGGAAGGUAAAUUUGACAUCCGAUUCGUCGAAGAUCAAAAUGUUUUUGAUAUCGAAAAGCGUCAAGAGCAGUACCAGAUGGCUGAGUCUCCGGCGUAUUUUGAGGCGUAUUAUCAUGUGCUCAAGGGACUCCAAGAACUAAACGAAAACAGCAUGCCUUUUCCUAAGUACUUGGUUGAAUGCAGUGCCGAGGUGGACCCACCAAAGUAUCUCAGACGCGAUAGCAAUCAGGAUCCCGUAUGUUACGAUCUCAGCAAAGCCCUUGCCGUAAGUCAUCCAGUAAGACUACAGAAGAUACCUGUUCUCGAACCUGAAGCUUGGCCACCGGCUGAGGAACUUCCUCUUAACAUUUCUCAGCUUGAGGCGUUAAGAACAGGAGUAACGACCGAGUUCUCCGUGAUUCAAGGGCCCCCCGGAACAGGGAAGACCUACGUUGGAGCCAAGAUCGCGCGAUGCCUUCUUGAGAACCGAAAACAAUGGGAUCCUGAGAAAGCAUCCCCGAUGUUGAUGGUCUGCUACACCAAUCACGCUCUGGAUCAGUUCCUCGAAAAAGUGCUAGAAUUCAACCGGGAGAGGGGCGCAAUAAUUCGAGUUGGGGGAAGGUCCAAAAGCCAAAGUCUUGAGGGUUGCAAUUUGAAACUAUUCGUAAAAGAUAACAGACGACGUGACAAGCGAGGCUUUAUUUACUGGAAAUUAAAAGAUAAUCUCAAAGAAAUGGAAAAUGUCAAGAAAACAAUUCUCAAAGCUGAAAAAGACAUUCUGGAGUUCAGAGUUUUGGAAGACGGCAUGAACCCGCUUCAUGUGGACCAACUUUAUGGCUCUCUAUUUCCACCAAACGCAACAACUGAGUGUCAAAAUACUCGCAAUACUUUUAAAUUGUGGCUGUGCAAUGACUGCCGAUUAAAUGAUAUGAAUCAGGCGUCCGAUGGGUCAACAGAGACCAACCAUGCUGAUGGAGUAGAUGGAUCAAUUCUUCAAGAGGAGGAUAAAAGUGAAGGUGAACAAAGUCCUGAUCAUUUCUGGGCACCAUUCGACAUUCACGUUACAGAUAAACCACCGCAACAGAAGGUAGAGAGUUCUGAUGAAGUAAAAGUUGAAGAAACACAUAAAGGCCUUGAAGACAUGACCGCUAGAGAAGAUGAGGCGACGCGAAUACAAAAUCAAAGACGCUUAGUAGGCGAAGAGGAAUGUAUUUCAGCGAUUCAACUACCCAACAAAGGAAACUGUGAAGAUGAAGAUGACAAAGAUGAUAAUGAAAAUGGCGAAGGAUGGAUAAUGGUAGAAUAUAGGAAUUCGUCUAGACGACAGAGGAAUGAAGAGAGGAAAGAUCACAGUGAUAAAUUUAGAAGUAGCCAUGGCACAGAGACGACCAGUAAAAAAGAUGACGAAAAACAGAAUGGAGUAGGCAAGACUGAUCUUAGAGCAGACACAAGCCAAAUACAAGAGAAGCUUCAAAAUUUACAUGCGAUGUCGGAUGAAGAAGCAAUGAGUGUGCCAAAUAUUUGGUCCUUGUCAGAAGAAGACAGACUCCGAUUGUACCUUUACUGGGCCGAAUGCUACCGUGAUCGCCACAGAAUGGAAGUCCAAGGAUAUGAACGGAAGCACAAGCAGCUUUGUGAUGAAUUAGAAGAAUUGAGAGCAGAAGAGGAGGAAGAAGUCAUACGUAAAGCAACUGUAGUUGGAAUGACAACCAGCGGAGCUGCAAGGUACCACUCAAUGCUUCAAAAAAUAGGUCCAAAAAUUGUCAUCAUCGAGGAGGCGGCCGAAGUAAUGGAGGCGCACAUCAUCACUUCUCUAUCACGUGAUACAAAUCAUGUUAUACUUAUCGGAGACCACAAGCAGCUACGCCCGAAAGCAACAGUCUAUGAACUGGCCCAGAAAUACAACCUGGAAAUUUCCUUGUUCGAAAGAAUGGUAAUGAACAGUAUGGAUUGCAAACGGCUGUGUAUACAGCACCGCAUGCGCCCUGAGAUUGCUGCACUGACUAAACGGUUCUACGAUCAUGAGAUAUUGGAUCACGAAACAGUGCGCAAAUUCGAGAAUAUAGUUGGCAUAUCGCAGAAUAUGUUCUUUGUUGAUCACUGUCAAUCCGAGAGCCUAAAUGGGAAUCUGCAGAGUUUCUCUAAUCCUCACGAAGCCACCUUCUUGAAAUACCUAUGUAGAUAUCUUCUACAGCAAGGUUACAAACCGCACCAAAUUACAAUUCUAACCAUGUACAUCGGCCAGCUACUUCUUCUUCAAGACCAAAUGCCACGAAAUCAAUUUGAAGGAAUCAAAAUUUGUGCAGUAGACAACUUUCAAGGAGAAGAAAAUGAUAUCAUUCUUCUGUCAUUGGUGAGAAGCAAUUCAGUGGGUCGAAUUGGUUUUCUUAGUGAGUCCAAUAGAAUUUGUGUUGCCUUGUCACGAGCACGCAAAGGAUUUUACUGCAUUGGAAACCUUUACAUGCUAAGACGCCAGUGCCCAGUGUGGCAGGGGAUAUGCCAUGAUUUAGACAAAGUGAAAGCAAUUGGCGAUACCUUUGAACUUACUUGUCAGAGACACAAGAAUGUGACAUCUGUACGAAAUCCAGGCGAUUUCCCAAUGUGUGGAGGAUGCAGGAAGAUGUGUGGGGAACGACUUGAUUGUGGCCAUGCUUGUGACAGACCUUGCCAUCCAUCAGACGCGUAUCAUGAUGAUCAAUGUCGAAAAGCGUGUUUCAAAAGUUGCCCCAACGAACACCAGUGUGGAGAAGUCUGUCAUUAUCCAAGGAGCUGUCCUGAUUGUUAUCACGGUAUGUCGAAGACAGUACCUCAGUGUGGGCACGAACAGUCCAUACCAUGCAGUGUUGAUCCUGCAGCGUUUUCCUGUUUAGUGAAAUGCGAAAAGAUGCUACCAUGUGGACACAAAUGCAGAAAAAAGUGUGGAGAGGUGUGCACCGCAAAAUGCAAAGAAAAAUGUCUCAAAAGCCUCCCAUGUGGGCACAAUAAAGAGAUGGCAUGUCACCGUGAUCCGACUACUGUGAAAUGUGAUAACGACUGCGAGAAGGUUCUGGAAUGUGGCCACCCUUGCAAGAAAAGAUGUAAAGAUGAAUGUCAGUGUAACGAAGAAAUAAUGGUUCAACUACCGUGUAAGCAUAUGAAACGAGUUUUGUGCCACAAGAAACACGAUUCAUUCGAGUGCCAUGAGAGAUGCAGAAGAACUUUGGACUGCGGUCAUGAGUGUCCUGGCAUCUGUUUUGAGGAUUGUAGAGUGGAUCUAUGCAAAGCAACUGUGAUCAAAGAACUUCCUUGUGGGCACCAACAAAGUGAGCCUUGCAAUGUUGACCCCAAAAGUGCUUUUUGUUAUAAUCCUUGCCAGAGACCAUUGGACUGCGGUCACAAAUGCCCGUCAGUAUGCGGCCGUCAAUGCAAAGAAGUCAAAUGUGAGGAGUUGUGCCAAACCAAGUGCGCAAGAGGUCACGCAUGCCAAAAGCUGUGCCACCUUGGUCGUCCGUGUGAUGCCUGCAUGGUGGUACACAAUAUGCCACUUCCCACAUGUGGACACACAGUCGAGAAGCUCUGUUACAUAGAUCCAAAAUCGAUCAAAUGUGAUAAACCAUGCCAAAGAUCAAGAGCAUGUGGACACCCUUGUUCAAGUAUUUGUAGCAAAAAAUGUGAAGCUCAGCCAUGCACAUUGCCUAUGAGCAAAAUGUUACCGUGCGGUCACGAGGUGGUUUUACCUUGUCACAAAAAUCCCUUAAAGUAUAAAUGCACUAAAGGAAUUGAAGUUAACUUGCCUUGUGGUCACAAAAUGCACUACGAGUGCCGUGUUGCGCAGGGAGCAGAAAAAAAACCAUUGUGCAACGAGAAAGUAGAGAAAGAAUUGCCUUGUAAACACAAACUCAUUCUUCCCUGUCACAAAAAACCUGAUGAUUGCAAGUGCAAGAAGAAAGUAGAUGUUGAACUAUCAUGUGGACAUACAAAGUCUCUCGUUUGCUUCUCUUUGAAAAAGGAUUUGCAAAAUGCUACUUGCACGGUUAAAACGACACGAAAACUACCGUGCGGACACGAAACAAUUCUCCGAUGUUAUAUUAAUCCAGAGGAGCACUCCUGUCAAGAAGAGGUUCAACUGACCCUUUCUUGUGGACAUGAGAAGCUCACAACAUGCUCGGAAAUGAAAAAUGAAUUGACAAAGGAGGAGUGUAACGAAAUGGUUCCUAUAGAAUUGCCUUGUGGCCAUGAAAAGCAGAUGACGUGCUCUGAACGACAAAAAGGAAACAUCUGUGAUGCGCCUAAUGAUUGCUUUCUCCUAUGUGAAGAGGAGGUUCAACUUGUCCUUUCCUGUGGACACAAGAAGCUCACGUCAUGCUCUAAAAUGAGAAAUGAAUUAGUAAAGGAUGAAUGUAACGAAAAGGUUACUAUGGAAUUGCCUUGUGGUCAUGAAAAGAAAGUGGGGUGCUCUGAAGGACGAAAAGGAAACAUUUUCUGUAAUGCUCCUUGUGAUCGCUUUCUUCCGUGUGAACACCGUUGUCAGAAAAAAUGCGGUGAUAAUUGUGCUUCUUUCAAAUGUGCUGUGGAAGUUCAGAAGGAUUUAGCCUGUGGAUUCCAUAAAGUCAGUUGCCUCUGCUCUGAGAAUGUGUCCCAAGUUGUUUGUACAAAUAGGUGCCAGCGGAGGUUAUCCUGUGGUCACGUAUGUCAGGGUAAAUGUUCAGAGGAAUGUAGUCAGAAAAAAUGCCGUAAGAAAGUGUCCAAACUGCUCAACUGCGCAGGAGGCCACUCUCUCCAAAUGAGGUGCAGUGACAAUCCCGACGAUGUUAAAUGCAAGGAAAAAUGCAAUAGAAAACUUGGUUGUGGUCACCUAUGUCCGGGCCUUUGUAGCGAGAAGUGUGAAAAUAUGAGAUGCACAAACAGAAUAGAAGAUAAAUUUCCCUGUGGCCACAAAAUGGAAAAUUUUCGAUGUUUUCAACGAAAAACCGCCACUUGCACCGCUCCUUGUCAGCGACAGAAGAGUUCGUGCAAACAUCGCUGUAAAGGAGUUUGUGGAAAAGAUUGCUCUAAUUAUCCUUGUAAUGAGGUUGUAAUCAAAGUCCUGUCGUGUGGCCAUAAGAUCAAGAUGCAUUGCAAGCAAUCUAUUGAUGAUGUGCAAUGCCCGGCUGAAUGUAGAGCAAAGUUGCCAUGUGGUCACUAUUGUUCUGGAAAAUGUUACGAGUGUCAGGAGAGAGGUUCACAUGAAUUUUGCCAACAUCAAUGCGGUCGAUUACUGAUUUGUUUACACCGUUGCAACGCCGUAUGUGGCGAACCUUGCCCUCCCUGUAACAAGAAAUGUGCCAAGAGUUGUCCUCACGGAAAAUGUAAAAGACGUUGUUCACAGCUUUGUGAUUCUUGCACUGAACCGUGCACAUGGAGUUGUCCACAUUAUCAGUGCAAGAAUCUUUGUGGGGAGGAGUGCGACCGCCCUCCAUGUAAUGCUCCUUGUCCCAAGAAGCUCCCCUGUCAACAUCCAUGUAUUGGCUUGUGUGGAGAAAACUGUCCAACGCUGUGUGCCAUUUGCAAUGCCAAAAAGCUUUCCUCCACAUUAGCUGUUAGAGGUUCUGUUAAAAAAGAAGCCACGAGGUGUCUUCAACUUCUUGACUGUGGUCACACCAUAAGUGUUGAAGAGAUGGACGCGUGGAUGGUGCGUGAAUUGGGUGACCAUAUACAAUUUCUACAAUGCCCCAGGUGCUCAAGGUCGAUAACAUUCAGCUAUCGCUACGGAAAUAUUGUCAAAAGGACACUGAAAAACGUUGAAAACGUGAAGAAACAGAUAGAACAACUUGAGGUAGAGGUUAACGACGCUUCCAUUCGUCUAGCAAAGGACAUCGGUGCAACUCAGGAGUAUGAUGAGAAACACAGAAAAAAGUUUGGACAAGCAGACCUUGCCUUUGCACGAUCCAUCCCAUGGAAGUGGAAUCCUUUCAAUCUGCCGCGUAAAAAUCGCAGUAGUGUUUUCACAUUUACCUUUAAAAAUCACUUGAUGAUCCUUCAACAGGUGAGGAAGACAGAAGACGUCCUGGCAAACAUUAAGGCGCACCGAGAAUUCAGCGAACCAUCGAAAGCAAUCAAAGAUGCCAUGAAAAACAUUAAAGAGGAUCUUGAAAACCCAGAGCUUGAUUUGGAAAGUUUAAGCCAGAUUCACGAGCAGGCCAAAAAGUUCUUUCUAUUCUCUCAAGUUUUAAAGGUCCAGGACAUUGCUUUGAUGCAUCGGAUUUCCUUAUCAGGCAGUGGUACAGAUCGAAAGAUGUUGGCACACAUUCGGUUUAAGAAAUUUCUCCAAGGAAAUGAGGACAUCCUAGAUAUUGACUGGCUGGAAACAAUCGUCAAUUUGCUAAGAAAAGAGGUGAAACUUGCGCCACUGCCGAAAGAAGCUCAAGACUUCGCAAAUUUUCCUGGUUACCAAAGAGAUAUCUGGAAAUUAUGCGAGAAAGGUCACGCAUUCUACAUUGGGUGCAUUGUGCGAAGAGGAAAAAGCAUCCCAGUUGGUAGCGAGGGCUGCAUGUUGUGUACGGUUAAUGAAAGCGACUAAAAAAUUCCGAGUACGUUUAUUUCCCAAUUGGUUAGUAUACGAAUUUAGCAGACGCCAUUUCUGAGGGUGUCCGGCGGCUAUUGAGGACACAACAGAUUCCCUGGAAAGUGACACAGAUGCAAUAUGUAAGAUAUACGACAAAAUAUAAAUGGAAACUACUAUGGACUCUACGAUAAUUUAGAUGAGAAACCUUAUGAAAGAAGCAAGUUAAAUGAUAAACAUUUUGCCCUAUUAUAGAAAAGAGUGAUACGGACAUUGAUAUGGAUAGACCACAUCAGAAAAUACAUCACCAACGUUAGAAAAUGACCCUAGCCCUUAACACCCCAACAUCAGUAUCCAUCUUCUCCACACUCUUCUCUAUAUGUUUCUUAGGUACUGACAAGAAGAAUUCAUUUCAAGAUCAAAGCUUGUUAGAUUGGCGAUCAUUUCCUUUAUUCUCAUGAUCUUAGUGAAUGAUUCAGCAGUUUUACUGUAAGGAGAAAUUAGAUGCUGGUCACUCUUAGGAUUUAAAAGGUUAAGCCACACGGAAUGGAAUUAGGAUUGAUCAGAAAGUUUAUCCUCAAGUUUUGGCAAAACAUCUGCGUCGUUAAUUUUUUUGACACGAGGUAGAAAAGUCGAUGAAGAAUAUUUGAGGAUGAAGUGGCAAAAAAUAUCCUUUUCUUCGCCGUGACACUCGUUUUCCACUAAAAUCAUACGAAGAAAACGUAUUUGAUGCAGACCAGUGUUUUGAAUUUAAAAAAAUCUCAGAUGGUACACAAAACCAAUCGUAUAGACAUUUUUUGAACGUGAAAAGUGAAUAGCCGAGUAGCCCGCUGUAGAAAAUCAACAAGUUUGCCUGAAAUGAACAUUUUUUCCUGAAGAAACUAUGUACAUUUUCUUGAUUAUACAGUUUCAUUUAUGAAGCAAUUAAUAGUUCCCAUAAAAGGAUCCAUGUGAUUUACAUCUUUUUGUGCUGAGUUUGAGAUUUACCUCUUUCAGGCAAUCAAUUUUUCCUGCACCAAAAAGGGGUCCCACCUACAAGAGAGAGUUGUAACACCAUUUAUAAGAACGCGACUAAUAUUUUAUAACAGGUUAAGUGUUUUCAAAUGGCAGUCUGCCGUAAAAAAAGAACAAAAGAAACUUCAUAAUUGAAUUUUGUGAA